GUACUACUGUAUAAAUCCCUAUUGCUUGUGAGGAUUUCGACCAUCAAAUAGCAAACAACGUUUCUGUAUCUUUAAGAAGAAUAUCACAACAAUGUCAUCAUCACAUUUUGCUAUACUUUGCGUCUUCAUGAUUUUCCUCGUUCCUCUACAUGAAUUUGGAAACGCACAAGGUUCUGAAGCGGGGCUGCAAUUAGAUCCAUCACUGUGUGUGCGUGUACUAUGUGCAAAACACAGAAAUCAAAAAUGGUGUUUUUGCUGUGGCGGACAACCGAAGACCUGUUUUCUUAAUAAACAAGGCUGUACGGCUGUCUGCAAGAGCCCAUCUCCUUCAAUGGCUUAAGAAACUCGAAGAACCCAUGUAUACUAUUUACUUACUUUUUUUUUCUCUUGAUAUAUGAAUAUGAAUACAUAUAAAGGAAACAAACACAAUUAUGCUUAUCGUAAUUUAACAUUAAAACCAAAAAAAGAAAAGAAAAAACAAUUAUGAUUAUCGUAAAUUUGUUUCGUACGGUCGUACCAUUGCCAUUUGUUUUUAUGGUGUAGUGUAGGCUAUCGUGAGAAGUGUGUGCAUUUUUGAAAUGGUUCUAAAACAGUAUUAAAUAUAUUUCCUGAAAUCGUUUGCAUGUGA